AUGUCAGACAAUAGUAUAGAUCCCGCGACGCUCGCAGCUGCGGCAGCCAUAGUAGCAGGAGCCAGAAACCCAGGAUCAGCAGAAGCAUCGCGGAAUCCAUCGCCACCAGUCCCUGGCGUACCUGCACCAGUACCCGUUCCAUUAGUAACUGUAUCGUCCACAACUUCAACUCCUCUUUUGGAACAGGCCAAAAAUGCUCUUGCCCAGUUGGUCAAAACAUCCAAAAUGAACCGAAGCCGUGGAUCAGCACUGGCAGAGAAACCGGAAGUUCAACUGAUGCUUGACAAAGAUCUUUUCUUGAUUCAAUCUGAUCGACGGACUAAAAUGAACCCCUUGCAACAAAUGCAACUUUUAAGAGUCUUAUCACAGUUUUUCUUGGAACGAGUUGACGAUGGACACCGAUACGCAUACUUUGAGGCAAUUUUCUUAGGAAGAGUUGAUGAUCCGGUUCUUCACGAAUACCGUCUUUCGGUGAUGUACCAACUGGUUUCGUUCUCUGUUCAGUAUCCAGUUUUGCAAAUUUUGAACCAUGUGAUGGGAUGGAUCAGCAAAUUGAACAAUGAAACUCAAGAAAGAAUGUAUUGCGAUCGGUUAAUCGACAUGAUGGUUGAGCAUUUUGUGCGGACUUCGAACAUCGAAAACCGAAUGCAUGAUUAUCUUCUCCCUCUUGAAACCAGCUGCAGUGAGUUCUGUGCACUCUUCAUCGCUCGAGCUCCUCUUCAUGGACCAUUGUCCCCUGCAAUGGUUGAAGUGAUUGUUCAGUAUUGUGCUACAAAUAUGCAAUUCAUUCUUCGACAUCUCCGAGACACUCCUUGGCAAGGAAAUGACUUUGCAGAAAAAGUUAUUCCAAGGUUGGUCGAGCAGAUGCUGGUCGACGAAACAGAUGACUCCGACAGUCUUGGAUCAUGUAUAUGCUACUUCCUGUUCCGAUGGCAUAUUGAUGUGCUCGCAAAUGCAGACAGAAAGGGGCCGACCAAGCGAAUAGAAGUCUUAGAUCUACUUCUCUCCCCCGAAUAUCCAUGGACGAAACGAAGAGCUUGCGUUUUAACGAGUGCGAUCGCAGCAUCCACCAGAAGUGAAGAAGUAGUUCAAAAACAAUUGAAAAAGCUGUUUGUGCCUGUAACAUUCAAACCGGCUGUUGAACUUCUUUGCUCUGGAACGGUCAAGGAUAAUCCACAAAAAGUACUAGAAGCGCUAUCAGAGAUGACGUUGACUCGGGAGCUACGUGCGUUAGCUGGAGAAACGAAUUGA